AUGGGAAUGUGGCCCGAAGGGUUACAAAUGGACCAAGAAAUCCUGCUUGACGCAGGAGCUCAACUACAUCGAUUGAAGAUGUUUCCGUACUUCGACAUCGCUCAUUACAUCUUGAUGAUUUGUGAAGUGCGCGACGAUUUGGCAUCAUCAGCUGGCCUGUUCUCUCGUAAGCAUCCGCUCUCUUGCUGGUUGUCUUCGAUGUUGAUGUGCUUCGCCGAUUCUUUCCUGGCCAACUUCCUGCUCGGCGAACCAGUAAUUGCACCAUUCAAACGACACGACGAUAUUCUUCUGGCUACGAUUGUGUGGUACUUAGUCUUUUAUGCACCUUUUGAUGGUGUAUAUAAACUCUCGAAAGUUUUACCUGUAAAAUGUGUACUGUCGGUGAUGAAAGAGGUCAAAAGGGCAUACAAGGUUACCCAUGGAGUUUCACAUGCAGCCAAGCUUUACCCGAGUUCCUACAUCGUCCAGAUCUUGGUAGGAACUGCAAAGGGAGCUGGAUCUGGCAUUUUGAAGACAGUAGAACAGCUUGUGCGCGGUGUGUGGCUUCCAAAUCACAAUGAAGCUCUUCGACCUACCUUCGCAACCAAAGCCUGUCUGGUAGCAUCGAUAAUCUUGUCCUUGGAAAAGAAUAGCGUUUACAUCACUGCACCGCACGAUAUUGUUUAUCUGGUAAGUAUUUUUUGCAUUUUUUAGAA